AUAUCAAAGCCGUGGGGUAGCUUGCAAACCCUUUAGAUUAUUCACAAGGCAGUAAAACUAUUGCAUACAUGGAAUGGCAUGUGCGUGCAGAAUUGUUUGGCAUUAAAAAUCUCACACCAGGCAGCCAAACGAUGAAAGUUUGUAACCCUGUACUUUCCAUAUACGGUUGGCUGGAUGAAUCCGCAGAGGCGAAGCCGCGGAUAUAGGAAGACCGACGGUAGUCUAAAAAUACAGUUAAAUGGUAGUUUACACAAUUUUGUUUUAAAACCAAUUGUAUAGUUUGCAUUAAAUUACUUGUAGGUAAUUUUUACGUGACUGCUGAUUACAAGUAAGACGUGUCCCAUUAGCAUUGCUGCUAAGUUUAACGUCUGUGGUCAGAAUGACUGCAGUACAGAAAAGCGGGAAUAGAGCACCAAGGCUACGUUACCAGUUAGCUCGAACAGUUAAUUGUAUACCCUCAAGAAAAAACAGUAGGUCAGACGUAAGAGUUACUCAUGUCCAUUGCAGUCCAUUUUACCACUUGUAUGUCGUUUUGGACAAAAACGUCCCCUGGAGAUCUUAAAAAAUAACGCUAGCAACAUCACUUUCACUACAGAUUUGUGAAGCUUGGAAGUUAUCAGUACUGAUUACUGAUAUUGGAAGGGGGAGUCAAUCCAAUCUCGACAUCACAGACAAUAUGAAGUGUGUAGUGGUCAGAAUUACCGACGGUGAAGAUGGCCUUUAGGCCGCAAAUGCUUGGAUGGCCCAGUCUGUAGAUUAUUGGACAAAAAUAUGUUAAUAUGGGUAUUGCUAAUGGCCGAAAUUUCCCAACGAGUCCAUCACGAACUUCAGGAAGUGGAAUUUGAUAUGUUUGCGUUUUUUUCUGCUUGGUUUACGCAGUAGCUGUAUUUGAAAGUAUACAAUACGUCAAAAUCAGGCAAACACGUAGUAAUAGAACGUAUUAGAAGAUAAGAAUCUUUCGGUAGAACACGAAGACAGUAUAUUAAGUACAUUCAGUGUCUCUUUAAACGGCUCGUGAAGACGACGGAUAUCGGCAAAGGUAAUCUUAGCUCCUCGUUAAUAUUGGGGGUUGGCGGCGUCAGGGUAAAAUUUGCACUGAUUAGCGGACUGAGAUUGCAUCGUUUGUGAUUUUCUUGAAUGGGAAUCAGAGCAAGGGUAGGUUUGUUUUCAGUAUUGGUAAGGACCGAGUCAGAGCCGAACCUCCAUGCCUAAACACACACGGUACUGCCACAUGUCCCUUCCGUCCAUACCUAAAUCGACGCCUUGUGAUCGGUGGACCAGGUUUAAUUGUUUGAUUAUGUCUGCUGUACUGGAUGUUAAACAGAGAUUAAUCGCCAGACACUAAAAUACUUGUAAAGAAAACUGCAUUUACAUAGGAGAUUUUUAUAGAAACUUAAUGGUAGAUAUAUUCCCCCAUCUUCAUCUACGCAGUUAAAGACACUAAAUCAAUAUUUGUACAAAUAGUCAAUCUCGAUUGUUUCAAUAUCAUUAGAUUCCUGAAGUUCAGCCAAGGACAAAUAUUAAGGACAUAAUUUAUUAGAAUAUAACUGACAUCUGUUAUAGUCCAAACAUCUUUAAAAUUCCACAAAAUACUUUCACAAUAUUAAUACACAAUGUUAAAGAUAUGUAACAAUUGAUUGAAAUAAUCACAGUCAUCCAUCCAUCCAUUUUCCAAACCGCUUAUCCUACUGGGUUGCGGGGGGUCCGGAGCCUAUCCCGGAGGCAAUGGGCAUGAGGCAGGGAACAACCCAGGACGGGGGGCCAGCCUAUCGCAGAUCACAGUCAUUAUUACACGAAAAUAAUAUAAAUUACGUCUAUAUAUGAAUUGAAAUAUCAUUAAUUUAAAAUAAACAGUGAGAAACUCCUUAAUUCCCAGAGCUGUGCUGUCCAUCUCCCCUCCCGACAAAUUUCUCAACAUGGACAUAAUGUAGUUACAAAUACCACAACUCAAUACAUUGUAACUUAUUUCCAUGCUUAUUUAUGCACCCUCUGAAACGUCAAUUCUUAUAUCUCCAUUUUUUUUAAAAGUAGCUCCAAUUUGGAUGGGGACAGUACAUUUUUUGAGUAAUUUUUAAUUAAAAGCUUUUAAUGAAGAAACAAACAACUGAGAAUCUAAAGAAUGAUGUAUUCCUUUACAGAAAUAUAUAAAAUGUCUAGUCAGUUUCAGACAUUUUUGGGUUAUGGACAUUUUAUUCCCUGUAACAAUCCAGGGCAGAUACUAUUUGUUUCUGGUAGUAUGUUCCUUAAAUUAGACAUUUGUUGGCCAUCCAUUUUCUAUACCCACUUGUAACUGCCUUUCUUUUUCUCGCUCUCUCUCACACACAGGCACACACACAUCCAGUAAAUGUGCUGUCAUGCUCACAUAGUUGCUCAGCUUGUUGACUUUGUAUAAUGGUGGUUUAUGUUUUUUUACUAAGUGCCAACAGUCUCACACACUUGCAGUCUGCUGCUGACAUUGACAUGGUCAGUUUGUGACCUGUCUUAUAUCCUGAACUAAUGUAUCUUCCACCCACAAUAUGAUUCUGUUCUUUCUCUCUUUCUCUCUCUCUGUUAGCAAUGGCAUUUUCUUCCAUGGUCCAUAUAAUUUUCAUCCUGUCCCUGGUCAGCCACAGUUCCUCCUUGGACGUGGCUUCUCCUCCUGGCAAGGAAAACACGGUGUGGGUCAUGGUGGCGACGGCAGCAAUGGUUGGGGCACUGGUGGCUUUGCUGUUGCUGGGGCUGGUGGGCCUGAUGUGGCGAGUGGCAGAGGUACGCAGUGGAGUGGGACCGCUGCUCCUGCUGCUCGCCGGCAUCGUUGGGCUCUGCAGCCUCAGCAUUACGUACCUUAUAGAGCGGGGAGAGCAUCUCUGCGUCGUACGGCGCAGUUUCUGGGGGGUGCUAUUUGCCCUCAGCUUUGCUUGCCUGGUGGUCCAUGGUGUGCGGCUGCGGCAGUUGGUGCGUGGUGCCCGUAGUCCAGGCAAUGGUGUUCUGGUGGGGCUGGCAGUGUUCCUUGCCAUAGUGGAUCCUGAGUGGAUCCUACUCAUUGUGGUGCGCAGGGACCUGUCAGCCUGUGAAUACCACCCACUGGAACUGGUGCUAACCAGUUCCUAUGUGCUGCUCCUGCUUGCGACAGCACUGGUGGGAGCAGUCUGGAGCCUGUGCGGGGGGCAGCCACAGUGGCGAUGUAGUGCCAUGUGGCUGCUCGCCACGUGCCUCUCUUCAGCCCUGCUGUGGACCACCUGGCUUACGUUCCAUCUUCAUGGCAACGCAGCUCUCGGCCUGUCCUCCGCCUGGGAUGACUGGGGGCAGGCCUUGCUGCUGGUGGCACAGGCCUGGGUGCUGCUGGUGCUGCAUGCCGUCCCUAAGGUCCACGCUACCUUGCGGGCCACACGCCACCAGAGGGACGGCUUUCCCUUUGAUGACAGCAGCUCAGCUUCUGAAAGUGACCAGAACGGCACCAUUAGAACAGAACCCAUUGCUCCCUGCCAGGGCAACAUCGACCACACCACUGUGCAGAUUUUCAUAGUGGAUGAGGCAGCCGUGUCCUCCAUGCCCCCCACCUUCACAGGUCCCCAUGAUGCACAGCCCCUCCCACUUGGGCCCCCCCAGGACCUGGAGCUAGGCCAACUUCCCUAGUUGUCCCCGCAUGAUGGAAAUAUCCGUGGUGUCAUGACACUUACAGUAAAAGGUUGCAACUGCUUUGAAGGUUACAAUGAAGUCUCUGAUCUUCCACUUACUGUGUAUCCAGCGCAAUCACCCUCAGCACGGGAGCUCCGCAAGGCUAUGUUUUGAGCCCACUGCUGUACACCCUCUACACCUACGACUGUGUAGCCACACUCAGCUCAAAUUCCUAUGUGAAAUUUGCUGAUGACGCAGUAGUGCUCGGCCUCAUCUCCAACAAUGAUGAGUCUGCCUCCUUGAAGGAAGUGGAGAACCUUGGAAGGUGGUGCCUGCAUAACAGCCUCAGCUGAACGUCAGAAAAAUAAAGGAGCUGAUGUCGGACCACAGGAGGCAGUGGGGCUCCUGCACACCUGUCCACAUUAAUGGAGCUACAGUGGAAAGAGUGAGCACCUUCAAAUACCUCGGUGUCCACCUACAGGAGGACCUCACCUGGUCCACACACGCACGUACUCUGGUCAGCAAGGCGAGGUAGCGGCUCGAAUUCAGACAAAUGCUUCCGCAGCCUUAUGACCACAAUGGAAAGGUCAAGGAGGAGCUUUUUCCCACAGGUCAUACUGUAAGGCUCCUAAACCAGGACAAUACUCAGUGCCUCUAGGUAUUGCUUUCACACUGUCCAAAUUGUUGGCACAUACCUCAGGCCUUUAUUGCACUUAUAUUGCAAAGCAAGUACCUCUUAUCUAUCACUUAUGUACAGAUUAUGUACAGCUGAAGAUUUCAUAUAUAUUUUUUAUCUCAUAUUGUUAUUUUUUCUAUGUAUUUUGUUAUCAUGCACGGCUGCUCAGAGUGACCAGGGUUACAUUCCACUACGUUGUAUGUGUACGACUGUGUACGUGACGAAUAAAUCUCUUGAAUCUUAAA